CCAAAAAAUAUCUGUCAACGUACUUAACCAUGUAAAAUAACGUGGUUUUGAAAAUUUGAAUUUUUUGACCUUUAAAAUGUUUUAACUGAAGUGAUUUAUGUUCUGUUUAAAGUGUUUAUGUAUUUUUUAAUGCGUUUAACCUAUUUGUAUAAUGUGAAACUAAGAUUUUAAUGUGACAGUGUUAGAAAUAGACUAUUUAAAUAACUAAAAUGAAGAACCAGAACAAGACAGCAAAGUACAAAAAUAAGACUAAAUUAACUAGUAACGUAGACAAUAAAUUGAAUGAUAUACUUGAUCGAUUUCUGAUAACAUCAGGAGUGGAUCAAUUGAGUACCAAGAACAUAUCUAAAGAUACAAAAUUAAGCAACAAUAUCGAAGGUGAUGAUCACAUCUUUGACUUAACUGGCAAUGAAGCAACCGAAUUAACUCAACCUAAGUCGAGUAGUGCAAAUACUCGAGACAAACAUACAAUUAUUGAAAUGGUGGAUAGUGAUCUAGAAAUAACUUACUCCGGUAAAGCUAAAAGUGAUACUAGUAUAAUAGCAAACUCUAGUCUUGAUGACAAAAGGAAGAAAAAAAAGAAAAAGAAACACACCCAUACAGUUCCUGAAAAGUCGAAAAAGCAAAAAAAGGAUAGACCAGUAAAGAAUGAUUUUAAUUUAACUGAUAAGGAAGAUAAUGAAUUAUUUUUCUUUGACUUGUCUGGUAAUAAAAUAAAUGAUACUUCAACUUUAACGUGUUCUGGUAAAUCUGAGAGUGAUUCCAAUAUAAUAAAAAAAAGUAAGAAGAAAAAGAGAAAAAUUAAACCCUCUUCAACAAUUUCUGCAAUAAGCAAAAAGAAAAAGAAAGACAGGUUACUGUUUAAUGAUUCUCAAUUGGCUGCUAAGGAAGAUAACGAAUUAUUCUUCUUUGACUUAUCUGGAAGCAAAACAAACAGCAAUUUGCCACAAAUGAAUAUUCAAAAUAAUGCUAAACCUACUCAUUUUUCAGAUAAAGAUAUUGAAAUAACUUAUUCUGGAAUUGAUCCCAAGCAAAAUGAAAGCAAAUUAGUAAGAAAGAAAAAGAAAAAAAAGCAGACAGAAAAAGAACUUCAUAAAGAUGAUGCCCCAGCUACAAAGAAGAAAAGUCAAAGCAAUUCAGAACAUUGGAGUCAACUUCAGAGUUCUUCACUUGAUUUGAUUGGCUUAAUUGAAGAAGAGACUCGCAAGAGGAACAGAGAUAAAAUAUCACAUUCAGAUAAUCUUGUUUUGUCGCCUCCCAAAAAGAAGAAAAAGAAAAUCCAAUCAGAACCUACAGAAGUUGAUGGAAUCUACACAGGACCACAUUUUGUUAGCACUCAUUUUUCUGAUCAUGAUGAACAAAUUUCUAAAGAAAAAAAGAAGAAAAAGAAAGUCAAACUUGAACCAGAAGUUGAAAAUAUCGAAACAGAACUCAAUUUUUUUAAUAACAUGGUUUCUGAUUAUACCUCAGAAAUACCUACGAGAAGAAAGAGAAAUAAGAAAGUCAAAUCUGCAAAAAUACAAGUUGAACAAAUGGAACAAUCAAUAGAUUUUUUCAAAAACAUGUUUACUGAUUAUAACAAGCCAAUACCUAAUGAAAGAAAGAAAAAGUCUAAAACCAAAAGCAAAAAAAUUACCAGUAAUCAAAAUAAUGAAAAUGAGCAUGGAAUUGCUUACAACACUUUUGAAGAAUAUUUAAAUAUGGGCCAAAAUGAAGACUCUACAUUCCAUAUUUCACCUCAAAUACCUCCAGAAAGUGAUAAAUCAGUGCAGCCUCAUUCUGUGAAUGAAAUAGACAAUACAGUAGAUUUUUCACAAGAAAAUGUAAAUAAUUUACAAAAUAAAACUGAAACAGCAUACAAGAAAGAAAGAACAAUUUCUGAGGAAUCCUUCAAUACUUUAAUAAACAGCAUUGUUGGGGAUUCAACACCAGAUGAAGAAAACAGUUUUAAUGCAAGUUUAAAUGAAGAUUCACUUCAUGAUAAAAUUGAAGCAAAAAAGGAACAUAGAAAUUACAUUUCCUCUGAUUUUAACUUUGAUACCGUUCUAGAUACUCUUAUCAACAACUUAGAAUCAAAAGAGAAUAAAAAAGAAAAUUCAGAUAAUGAACUAUUUGAAGAAAAUGUAGAAGAUAAUGCACUGUUAAAUAAUAAUUCUUUGAAAAAAUCAAAGAAGAUCAAGUACAGUUCUGAUGCAUUAAUAAACAAUGUGAUUGAGGAACCACAUGUAAUGGAGAAAAGCAAAGACAGCCAAGAACAUAUUAAACAUUUGACUGAAGAAAAUAAACAAAACCCUAUGAAUUUUCUCAGUCAUUCGCAGGAUAGCAACUCUAGUAUUUCAAAAAAAUUGAAAAAUCAAAAAUCUGUUUCAGUACACACCAAUUCAUAUGAAGUGAUUGACGAAACAGAAAAAGAAUUACACAUAAGGAAAAAGAAGAAAAAGCAGAAGAAAACUGGUGAAAUAAACCAAGAACAAAUUGAACAAAAUGAAGAAGUAAGUCCAUCAGAAAAUAGUAACUGGAAAAUACCAAAGAAAUCAAAAAAGAAGAAAGAUAAAGCUUGCUCCCUGACUGAACAUAGUGCUGAUAGUUUAAUAAACAGUCAAAUUGAAGAACUGUAUAUGAAAAACAGAAAAAAAGAUUUGGUUGAAGAAAAUCGACAAAAUUCUACACACAUUCUCAAUCGUUCACAAGAUAGUGACUCCAGUAUUUCAAAAAAAUCACAAAAACAAAAAUAUUCUUCUGUAGACCCCAAUUCUAUUAAAGAAACUGAACAAUUACGUGCAAAGAAGAAUAAAAAAUCAGGUGAUGUAAAGCAAGAACAAAAUGAAAAAGAACUGACUGAAGAAAUUGAAGCAUAUGAUACACACCUAAAUAGCGACUGCAGUGCUUCAAAUAAAUCAAAAAAGAAGAAAGAUAGAACUUUCUUUCUCACAGAACAUAGUUCUGAUGCUUUAACAAACAGUCGAAUUGAAGAACUAUAUGUAAAGAAGAAAAGUAAAGGCAGCCAACAAAGUAAUAAGGAUUCAACUGAAGAAAAUUUACAAAACUUUUUACAAGCCCUCAAUAUUUUGCAAGAUACUGAAUCUAAAUUAUCUAAAAAAUCCAAAAAACAAAAUAGUGAUACAGUAGACCCCAAUUCAAGCAAUACAAUUGAAAAAUCUCAAGAAACAGGUGUAAAGAAUGAGAUAGAAAACAGAGAUGAAAAGAAACAACGAAAUGAAAAAUUGACUGAAGAAAUUGAAGCUUGUGAUACACAUGUAUCACCAAAUGAAGUUUUCAGUGACUGUAGUACUCCAAAAAAAUCCAAAAAGAAGAAAACUCCACAUAAUUCUUCAAUUGAAGAAAUUCAAUUAGAAUUACAAAAUAGUCAAGAAACUGAGAUUAAUAGUCAAAAUGAAGCACAUUUAUCGCCUAAUGAUAUGAUCAAUCUUUCACAAAAUAGUGAGAACAGUCCUCAAAAAUCCAAAAAGAAGAAAACUUCACAUAAGUCUUCAAUUGAAGAAACUAAUUCAUACAGUCAAGAAACUGUGAUUAAUAGUCAAAAUGAAGCACAUUUAUCACUGAAUGAAGUUUUCAAUCUACUGCAAAAUAGUGAGGAUAGUACUCUCAAAAAAAACAAAAAGAAUAAAACUUCACAUAAUUCUUCAAUUGAAUAUAUUGAAUCAGAAUUACAAUAUAGUCAAGAAACUGGGAUUAAUAGUCAAAAUGAUAUCAAUCUUUCACAAAAUAGUGAGAAUAGUCCUCAAAAAUUCAAAAAGAAGAAAUCUUCUAUUGAAGAAACUGAUUCAGGAUUACAAAAUAGUCAACAAACUCUGAUUAAUAGUCAAAAUGAAGCACAAUUAUCACUGAAUGAAGUUUUCACUUUAUUGCAAAAUAGUGACGAUAGUACUCCAAAAAAAUACAAAAAGAAGAAAACUCCACAUAAUUCUUCAAUUGAAGAAAUUAAAUCAGGAUUGGAAAAUAGUCAAGAACGUGGAUUUAAUAGUCAAAAUGAAGCACUUUUAUCUCUUAAUGGUAUCAAUCUUUCACAAAAUAUUGAGAGCAGUCUUCAAACGUCCAAAAAGAAGAAAACUUCACAUAAAUCUUCUAUUGAAGAAACUGAUUCAGGAUUACAAAAUAGUCAAGAAACUGUGAUUAAUAGUCAAAAUGAAGCAUGUUUAUCACUGAAUGAAGUUUUCACUUUAUUGCAAAAUAGUAACAAUAGUACUCCGAAAAAAUACAAAAAGAAGAAAACUGCACAUAAUUCUUCAAUUGAAGAAAUUAAAUCAGAAUUGCAUAAUAGUCAAGACACUGGGAUUAAUAGUCAAAAUGAAGCACAUUUAUUGGUUAAUGAUAUUAUCAAUAUCAAUAGUGGGAGCAGUACUCAAACAUCCAAAAAGAAGAAUUCUUCACAUAAAUCUUCUAUUGAAGAAACUGAUUUAGGAUUACAAAAUAGUCAAGAAACUGUGAUUAAUAGUCAAAAUGAAACACAUUUAUCACUGAAUGAAGUUUUCAAUCUAUUGCAAAAUAGUGAAGAUAGUACUCAGAAAAAAUCCAAAAAGAAGAAAACUCCACAUAAUUCUUUUCUUGAAGAAACUGAUGCGGGGUUACAAAAUAAUCAAGAAACUGUGAUUGAUAACGAUAAUAAAAAUGAAACACAUUUUUCACUUAAUGAAGUUUUUAAUAUUUCGCAAAAUAAUGAUGGCAAUGUUUCAAAAAACUCCAAAAAGAAGAAAGUCGAAAACUCUGCAAGUGAAGAAACUGAAUCAGUAUCACCAUAUAGUCAAGAAACUGUGAUUAAUAGUCCUAAUAGAGUACAUUUAUCGUUGAAUGAAAUUUUAAAUUUUUCGCAAAAUAGUAAUGACAGUACGCCGAAAAAAUCAAAAAAGAAGAAAACUCAUCAUAAUUCUUCAUUUGAAGAACCUGAAUCAGAUAUAAGAUAUAGUCAAGAAACUGUGAUUAAUGAAAAUGAAGCACAUUUAUCGCAGAAUGAUGACAAUAUUCCAAAAAAAUCCAACAAGAAAACUUCACAUAAGUCUUCAAAUGAAGAAACUGAAGCAGAAUUAGGAAAUAGUCAAGACUCUGUGAUUAAUCGUCCAAAUGAAGUACAUUUACCACUGAAUGAAGUUCUUAAUAUUUCACAAAAUAAUGAUAACAACACUCCAAAAAAAUCCAGCAAGAAGAAAACUUCAAUUGAAGAAACUGAAUCAGGAUUGCGAAAUAUGGAAGAAACUGUAAUUAAUAGUCCAAAUGAAGUGCAUUUAUCGCUGAAGGAAGUUCUCAAUCUUUCACUAAACAGCGAUUCUAUAAUUUCGAAUGAAUCCAAAAAGAAAACAAAUGAAGAAAUCAUACAAGAAACCGUACGAGAUAUAUUUCCAAGCAGUGAAGAAGGAACGCUAGAAAAUAUGAAAACUUUUCUUGAAAAAGACUUCAAGAGGGUAUCCAGAGAAAGAAGUAUUUUAAGUGAAGAAACCAAACAGGACAGCGGUUAUGAAGAUAGUGAUAACAUCACCAAAUCGAAGAAAAAAACUAUUAGCCAGUCUAAUGAGGAGAAAAAGAAUUACAGUAAUACAGAAACGAAUCAAUUAGGAUCUGAAAAAUUAUUAAAUACCGAUAGCGAAGAUACUGGCGGAGAAAGAACUCUUAAAAGGAAGAAAUGCGGUGAUAGUGAAACAGAUAAACAGACAAUCACCAAGAAAUGCAAGAUGGAUCAUGUAAACAAUUCUGUAAAUAUCGAUGAUACGGAUAAAAAUAGUAAAACCCACAAAUUGAAUGUAGAUGAUGUAUUUUCUGAUGACAUUGAAGAAGAGUCUUCAAAUAAAAUCAAAAGACGUAUGGUUCAAACUAGAAGAAGUAGCAGCUACGUUAGUGAUAGGGGUGAUGUGAUAAAAUCAAAAAAGAUUAGGAGAACUAGGAGUUUAUCGGAACGUAGCGCUAGCGACAGUGAUUCCAAUUUGAAUGUAACAGGUUACGAUGUUUAUGAUCUAACUGAGGAAGAGCUGCACAUUCUCAGAACGCUUUCGAUUCAAUUACCAUUUGAGGAUAGAAUACCGCCUUUACAUAUGAUACAGAGGGCGAGUAAACCCACCGCACAAGACGUCGCAAAUGCCAAAAUAAUAAACGCCAAAUUCGGAUCAUUCACUAAAGAUGAAGAUGCACAAAUUAUUAAAAAUUGGAAGCGAUUUUUGAAGAUCCACAAAUUGAAUGUACGACCCUUUGUAUUUUUCAAAUUCAGAAGACAUUGGAACUUCUUAGAAAAAAUUAAAUUUUUACAAUUCUUAGCGCACAAACUGAACGAUCGGAUGCCGUUUAGAGUUCACGCUAGAUUCAAAACGAUUUUCGAAAGUAAAGAGGUGAAGAAAGGCAGAUAUACUUUUGAUGAGGAUAAAAAGAUAAUUGAAUUUAUGCAUAAAACGUUGUCGACGAAACCGUUCUACGAAUUGGGAAUACUUCUGAACCGCCCUGCUACCUCAGUACAAAUGAGAUACGCUCACCUGACUAGCGACAAAAAUAAAUCGCCCAUAAAAUGGACUACCUACAUGUCCGAGAGAAUGGUCAAAGCCAUGAUGGAGAUCGUCAAAACGGAAAACGUUAAAGAUUUGGAACAUUACGUAUUCAAAGAAGCGGAAUGGAAACAACUGUCGGAAAUUUUGGAUAAUAUACCACCGAGAAAAUUGCAAAGAGCUUGGAAGAUAACUAUCCACAGCAGGCUAUUCAUGAAGGGGACCAAACAAGACAUCGAAAGACAACUUAUUAACAUGAUGAUAGAGAAUGGAGAAGACGAUUUUAGGGCGAUAUCGUGGCAAAAUUACGCCGAUCAAUUCCGAGGCGUCACGGCCAGAAAAUUAAACGAUACGUUCAGAAUUUUGGUCCGCAAUGUCCCUAAAAAACUGAAAACAGAUUUGAAGAGUACUUUAGAAUACAUAUCGUUGCAUUUAGGCGAAUUUGGCACAAGUCAUUUGCAGUAUAGAUAUAGACUUAAAAAUGGAAAAUUAGUUUGUAAGGAAAGAAAGAAUUAGCAAAAACAGUAGAAGUUUUAUUUUGUUUGUUCCUUGUUUAACCCUUUAAUAACUAAAAUAAAGG